AUGCCAUCUCUAUCGGCCGAGGAAAAUCAAGAAGAGGAUUUGAAGAGUAUCGACAAGAUCUUGGAGAGCAUUCAAGCGCCCAGGUAUCUUGAUUUCUCUGAGAUCAUGAAAGAGAGGUCAAUCGACCACAAGUCCGAGCACUUGGACGAGCUUGAGAUUCAGCUUGAGCUGGGAGGGGAUCAGAUCGUCGAGGUCAACGAGUGGAUGGGAGGAGAAGAGAAGUCGAUGGAGUCACUUCGAAACGGACUCCCAGUGUACCUCGGACGUGGUUUUGACUCCGCCAUGAUGAGUUUGUACUGUCUCAGCUACCUCACAAGUCAAGAUCUCAGCAGAUCAGCCGUUGAAGAACGAGGAAAGCAGGGCGAUUAUGGAGAGGGAAAGAGUCAGAGGAGUCCUAAUCUUCAAGAAGUGUUGAAUGACAUCGAUGUUCUGCUUGCCACAUCUCCUGAAGUUUCUUCCAAGCAAGCAUUGUCUCCGAUCUCAUCGAUCGCCUCCUCAAGCUACUUCUCAACUUACUUGUCCGGCACAAUCUUGAGCGCAUGCCCACAAGUGCAGAACUUCAGCCGUUCAGAUUUUGCUCGCAUGUUUGACGUGCGUGGAAUCAGGGUGUAUGACGAUGAGACUGUGAACGAGAUCGACGGCGAGCAAGACUGGAAUCAGACGUUUGAGACUAUAAAAGAACGGCGAGAUGAGGAGAAUGAAGGAAGGGAGAAUGAAGAUUGCAACUCAUCUGUUGAGUUGAGAUUCCAAAAGAUGUACCUGACACCCAUGGCUCUUCGUCAAGGCAGAGCUCAAGAAGCAAACAGCUCCACAGACUCUUUCGACCGAUGA